GGCUGGCUGUGGGAGGACUGUAUAUAUGUUACCCUCUCCUGUGGAGUGAAAUAAACACAAGCACUCUGUGCAGCAACAGAGCCCUGCCUUUCCUACUCACAGUGAAAGGACUGUGGCAUGCUGACAGGUUGCUACCGGGCUUACUGACUGUCAGACAGCCGGAGGGAGAAGGGAGACGGACAUCAUGAUGGAGCUGAAGAUUCAGCUGGUCCCCACGGGAGAGAUCAUCCUGCCACCUGGGAGAAAUGGGGAGAGUCACUGUCACAACUGUAGCAAGGCGGUGGGCAGCGAGGGGGUGCGGGUCAUGAUGGAGAGCGCCUUAACGGCCCGGGACCGUGUGGGGGUGCAGGACUUUGUUCUGCUGGAGAACCACACCAGCGAGGCGGCCUUCAUCGAGAACCUGCGCAAGAGGUUCAAGGAGAACCUCAUAUAUACAUAUAUUGGGUCGGUACUGGUGUCAGUGAACCCAUACAAGGAGCUAGAAAUCUACACCAAGCAGCACAUGGAGCGAUACAGAGGGGUCAACUUUUAUGAGGUCUCGCCCCACAUCUACGCGGUGUCGGACAACGCAUACCGCUCCAUGCGGACGGAGCGGCGGGAUCAGUGCAUCCUGAUCUCGGGGGAGAGCGGGGCGGGAAAGACGGAGGCAUCCAAAAAGAUCCUGCAGUACUACGCCGUCACCUGCCCCGCCAGCGACAAGGUGCAGACCAUCAAGGACAGACUGCUGCAGUCCAACCCCGUCCUGGAGGCUUUUGGAAAUGCCAAAACCUUGCGCAACGACAACUCCAGUCGCUUUGGUAAAUACAUGGACAUCCAGUUUGACUUCAAGGGAGCCCCCGUUGGUGGACACAUACUCAACUACCUGCUGGAGAAGUCCCGCGUGGUGCACCAGAACCACGGUGAGAGGAACUUCCACAUCUUCUACCAGCUGAUCGAGGGCGGAGAGGAGGACCUGCUGAGGAGGCUGGGUCUGGAGAAGAACCCCCAGCAGUACCAGUACCUGGUGAAGGGGAACUGUCCGAAGGUGAGCUCCAUUAACGACCGCAGUGACUGGAAGGUGGUGAGGAAGGCCCUGACUGUAAUUGGCUUCAAUGACGAUGACGUGGAGGAGCUGCUGAACAUCAUCGCUAGUGUCCUUCACCUGGGAAAUAUUCAGUUUGGGGGAGAGGAAAGUGGCAAUGCUUACAUCACCGCAGAUACACAGAUAAAAUACCUUGCAAGGCUGCUUGGUGUGGAUGGAUCAAUACUGAAGGAAGCUCUCGUGAACAAGAAGAUCAUUGCCAAGGGGGAGGAGCUGAUGAGCCCGCUGAACCUGGAACAGGCAGCCUCUGCUCGGGACGCCCUGUCCAAGGCUGUGUACGGACGCACCUUCAGCUGGCUGGUCAAUAAGAUCAACAUCUCGCUGGCUUUCAAGGAUGAAGUAUAUCCCACCAGUAAAAGUGCCUCAGUCAUUGGUCUGCUGGACAUCUAUGGCUUUGAGGUCUUCCAGCACAAUAGUUUUGAGCAGUUCUGCAUCAAUUACUGCAAUGAGAAGCUGCAGCAGCUCUUCAUUGAGCUGACCCUGAAGUCUGAGCAGGAGGAGUAUGAGUCUGAGGGUAUUACGUGGGAACCAGUGCAAUAUUUCAACAAUAAGAUCAUCUGUGAUCUGGUGGAAGAGAAGUUCAAGGGAAUAAUUUCCAUUCUGGACGAGGAGUGCCUCAGGCCUGGGGAUGCCAGUGACAUCACCUUCCUGGAGAAGCUGGAGGACACAUUGGGGGGCCACGCCCACUUUGUUACUCAUAAGCUGGCGGAUGGAAAGACCCGGAAGGCAAUGGGCAGGGAGGAAUUCAGACUGUUGCACUAUGCAGGAGAGGUCAACUACAACGUCACUGGGUUUUUGGACAAGAACAAUGACCUUCUCUUCAGGAACUUAAAAGAGGUCAUGUGUCAAUCAGAAAACAAGAUCCUGACGCAGUGCUUUCAGAGGGAGGAGCUGACUGACAAGAAGCGGCCAGAGACGGCGGUGACUCAGUUUAAGAACAGCCUGGCCAAGCUGAUGGAGAUCCUGAUAUCCAAGGAGCCGUCGUACAUCCGCUGCAUCAAACCCAACGACGCCAAGCAAGCAGGUCGUUUUGAUGAGGUUCUGAUCCGACACCAGGUGAAGUACCUUGGGCUGAUGGAGAACCUACGAGUGAGGCGAGCAGGGUUCGCUUAUCGUCGUCGCUAUGAGACCUUCUUGCAGAGGUACAAGUCUCUCUGCCCUGAGACCUGGCCCAAUUGGCAGGGGCGGCUGGCUGAUGGAGUCUCCACACUGGUCAAACAUCUGGGCUAUAAGCCUGAGGAAUACAAACUGGGCAGAUCUAAAAUAUUCAUCCGUUUUCCAAAGACCCUGUUUGCCACAGAGGAUGCACUAGAAGUGAGGAAACACAGUCUAGCAACCAAACUACAAGCAUCAUGGAAGGGCUACAGCCAGAAGUCAAAAUACCGCAAACUGAGGCAUUCCGCAAUCCUGAUCCAGGCGUGGUGGAGGGGCAUCCUGGCGCGGCGGAGAGCGAAGCUCAGAAGACAGGCUGCUGACACCAUCCGCAGGUUCAUCAAGGGCUUCAUCUACCGCCACCAGCCACGCUGCCCGGAAAACGAGUACUUCCUGGACUACGUGCGAUACUCCUUCCUCAUGAACCUGUGUAGGAACCUGCCCAAAACUGUCCUGGACAAGAGCUGGCCCCCAGCCCCCCCUGCUUUGGCUGAGGCAUCAGAACAUCUACGCAACCUGUGCAUGCAGAAUAUGGUGUGGAGCUACUGUAAGAAGAUCAGCCCGGAGUGGAAGCACCAGCUGGAGCAGAAAAUGGUGGCCAGUGAGAUCUUCAAGGACAAAAAGGACAACUACCCCCAGAGUGUUCCCAGGCUGUUUGUGGGAACCAGGCUCAAUGGUGAGGAUAUAAAUCCAAAGGUGAUCCAGGCUCUGGGCAGUGAGAGAAUGAAGUACGGUGUCCCGGUGACCAAGUACGACAGAAAGGGUUUCCGCGCCCGCCCGCGGCAGCUCCUGCUCACCGGUAACAGCGCCAUCAUCGUGGAGGAGGCCAAAAUGAAGCAGCGCAUUGAAUACUCAGUGCUCAGAGGCGUCUCUGUCAGCUCCCUAAGUGAUGGGGUGUUUGUCCUGCACGUGGUCUGUGAGGACAACAAACAGAAGGGUGACGUCAUCCUGCAGAGUGACCACAUCAUUGAGGCACUGACCAAGCUGGCUAUCUGCGCCGACAAGAUCAACAGCAUUAACAUCAACCAGAGCAGUAUAAAGUUCACAACGCGUCAAGGGAAGGAAGGGAUCAUAGACUUCACCUCUGGCUCAGCACUCCUUGUUGCUAAGGCCAAGAAUGGACACCUUUCUGUGACUGCCCCACGACUCAACUCAAGAUGAUGAUGGCAAUGAACCAAAGACUCCCUGUAAACGCAGUAGAUUACCUGCUCAUACGCACUCUUUUUCACCAAACAGAU